UUAAUGUAAUGAAUGUGACUUUAGUACUCCUUUAACACAGAAUUCAUUCCUGUAGAACAGUGUUUCUCAACCUUUUUUCAGUCAAGGCACCCUUUAUAAUUAUGGACAGUCACGAGGCACCCUUUAAAAUUAUGGACAGUCUUGGGGCACCCUCUAAAAUUAUGGACAGUCUUGGGGCACCCUCUAAAAUUAUGGACAGUCACGAGGCACCCUUUAAAAUUAUGGACAAUCCCGAAGCACCCUUUAAAAUUAUGGACAGUCUUGUGGCACCCUCUAAAAUUAUGGACAGUUCCGAGGCACCCUAUAAAAUUAUGGACAGUCCCGAGGCACCCUAUAAAAUUAUGGACAGUCUUGAGGCACCCUUUAAAAUUAUGGACAGUCUUGAGGCACCCCAUUCUAAAAUCAAAUACACUUUUGCACACUGGUACUGACUAUUAUUCCAAUGUUUCUCCUCUCCCUCAGUUUUUCUACAUGCCUGAGCUAAUGUGACCCCAGCACUGAUGUAGAG